AGUUAAACAUAUAGUGCAACAAAAUAACAUCUAAUGAACAGCCUUCAAGCCAAACUUUCAGAUUACAUGUGAAAAAAACUAAAAACAACAAGAAUAUGAACUGAUAUUGCAAAAAGACAUCCAUUGCAGGUUGAUCGCACUGUCAGUGAGUUCAGUGAUCUCAAGAUGACUAUCUAUUUUACUCUAGAUUUGUCUCCGUCUACAUCAAGAUCAGGAAGUUUGAGGCUUUCUCACCAGCCCAUAUAAAAAGAAGAUUAGAUGCAGGGCUCAGACACUUGCUAGACCAGCUCUGAAGAGCCACCAGGGAACUUACAUUUUUAUUCUGAAGAUGCAGCUCUCAUUGGUUUUCAGAUCCGUGCUGCUGCUUUACCUGCUUGCCCUGUUAUUAAAUGGUGCUUCUUCUGAGAAAAAGUCUAAAAGAAACAGAAAAUCGUUGUAUCAAAAGAAAGGAAGGUGGGUAACCUUGGAUCCAUCACUGAACCUCUCAAUGAUUGUCCCCCCGUCUCCAAACAGAUCUUUGUCACCAUGGACAUAUGAAGAUUCCUAUGAUAGUUCACGAAUCCCAUCCAAAAUCUCUGAGGCAAAAUGUGAAAAAGCAGGCUGUUUAACCAAAAAUGGAGAAGAAGACUUUGGACUGGAAUCUAAACCCAUCUAUUACCAGAUCAACGUCUUGAAGAGAGUGAAGGAUAGAAAGGCUACGCACUACACCCUUCAGCUGGAGACUAAAGUAAUUAGUCUAGGCUGUACAUGUGUCCAACCUGUCGUUGUGCCUCAGAACUAGUUCUGUACUCUAACUGUAUAUUGUUGUAUUCAUUUGCUUAUAGGUACAGCAAACUUCUGUGCCACUUUUGAUCAGCUUUAUAUUUAUUAUCUUGAUUAAUAAAAUAUAUUGUAACAUUU